AUGCUACUACGUAAUCAGCUCCUGAAAGAUGACCAUAGAGAUAAAACAGACAGUAGAGAAACACAGCGAGGUGGGCAUGGCCUGUAUGUUAAAAGUUGCUGUCCUCCGAUUUCUGCCGGUUGGGACUUUCCAAGCUUGAAUGAAAACUUGUUCAGUAGAAGGGCCAAUACAAUCUUCAGUUCCAACAAGGCGAAGCGAUAUCCAAUGCACAUCCGAGGACCACGUGAGAACGAUGCUCCAGAUCAACCCAGGAUUACAGCAACAGCAACCAAGCCUGUCACUGGUUCAACAGUCACUUUGACCUGCUCUGCACGCGCCACCCCAGCAGCGCACUUCCGAUUCUUAUCUGGCAAUGGGACUGUGUUACAAGACGGUGCUAGUGCCAACUUUGUUAUAGCUUCAUUGAAUUACGUGGAUUUUACAAAUUACACCGCUACGUAUCGAUGCACAGCACAUAAUUCUUAUGGUAAAGCCCCUCGUCAAGAAAUCGUCCUUGAUAUCCAAGUCCCUCCUGUCAUCUCAUUUUCAAUAAACCCGAGCACAGUCAACGAAACUAACAAUGCAACAAUGCAGUGCACUGUUACUGCUGCCAACCCAACACCAUCAAUCACUAUACAGAACCCAAAGGGACAAAAUUUGAGUCACACAGAUGGUUUGGUACAACUUGAUUUGAUCACUCGUGAACACGGUGGAACAUAUUCUUGCAUUGCUUCCAAUGGAGUUGUUGGUUCACCUGUGACGCGGACAGCAAUCCUUACUGUAAACCACCGACCAGACAAUGUCAGUAUAUCAGCAUCAAGUCUUAAACCAGUAAAUGGUUCAUCUGUUACAUUCACGUGUUCUUCACGUGCCGGUCCGCCAGCGAAAUACAAGUUCUACAAAGUAACUGGAUCGACGGAGAUCCUUCUUCGGGACUCCACUUCGGCCGUGUACGAAAUCACAAACAUCAAUUAUGCAGAAUACAUUGGUUAUAAAGCAACUGUAAAAUGCAUCCCAUACAAUUUCUUUGGAGAUGGCCCUAGCAGGAAUGGAACUGUCGAUAUUCAAGUGAGCCCGCAGAUAAAUGUACCAUCCACUCUAAAUGUUAAUGAAGGUCAACGUGCCUCCUUAACUUGCUCUGUGACAGCAGCCAACCCCUCGCCUACAAUUACCUGGAAAGGGCCAGCAAAUAAUGUUUUAAGUAGCACCAAUGGAGUGCUUGUUAUGUCGUCUGUCAGGAGGGGGCAAAAUGGAACAUACACAUGUGAAGCUUCAAACGGUGUUGGAUCGACCGCUACGAAGACUGUUUCUCUCACUGUCUAUUAUGGACCUGAAUUCACGAGCCACAGCAAUAGCAUAACUACCUGUAGACCACGGACAGUAAUCGUUAGAUGCGUUGCAGAUGGCUUUCCUGUACCAACAGUUAGAAUAAUGUUUUCAAAUACUGAGAAGACAAGAGGACAUGGACAAGUUACUCAUAUAAUAACUGACUUGGCAGACAGUACCUUCGGAGUAUACACAUGCUUGGCAAACAAUACCGUCAAGGAAGUGAACAUAACUAGAACCUUGGUUAAAAAAGAUGCUCCUGAUGCUCUCACAGAUGUUAAACUAAAACAAGGUUCUGACAGCAGCAUCGAAGUGACAUGGCGUUUGCCCGUGUGCACAGGAGCUAGUGGCAUAAAAGCAAUCAGGAUUAAGUAUAAGAAGAAAGGCGAAUUGACAUGGAAAACAAAAGAUGUACGAAGUAGCGACACCAAAGCUACUAUUGACAAACUGGAAAGCAACACAGAAUAUGAAGUGCAAGUUGUUAUUGUGGAUGGAAAUGAUAGAGAGCAUGCUGGGCUUCAAUCAUCACAGAGAACAGGCAAAUCAACUGCAACUGCCUCAGAGAGAACAAAUUCUACACAAUCGAAUGCUCAUGCCAUGGGUUUAUACGCAGUUCUGGCUUUCAGCAUUCCAAUAAUCUUCUUGCUAACCAUGUGGAAUAUAGCACUGAGAAAGCGUAUAAAGUUAUUACAAGAUGAUCAUUCAAAAGGCAACACACAAAGCCCCCGUCAGGAUCUUGAUUAUGAAGUCAUUGGAUAUACAAACCUCCAAUUUGAAAGUGACCAACAAUCACGUGCAACAACUGCAGAUUCAUCCCAAAGGGAGGCUGUAAACAAUGGAAGCAACAACAAUGCCGUAUACAUGGAACUAGGGCCAAGGUGCAAAGAUGAACAAACAUACACGCCUCUUUCUGGCGCUUCGAGCGGAUCAAGAAUUGUCAGAGGAGAAAGAAGAGAAGUAACAGGUGUGUUCAGAAGAAACAGCUUUCAGACCAUGCCGAUUUUGCAUUAUUUCUGUGCUAUAUACUUUUAACAAAGUGGCCACGAAAACAGGGCCACCUACCCCUGACAUUGAUUUCAAUUUUUUUGGAAAAAAACAUUUGGCCAUAUACUAUGUUGAUAAAGUUUCCCCUAGAAAUCAAUGAAAUAAAUGCAUUAUCUCGUAACAUUGGAUCAAUGAUGGCUAUAUUGGAAAUAGAUACCCAUAAUACACUUUAAUUAAUGGUCUGACUCAAAAUUAAGCAUGCUAAAACAAAAAAAUCGAGAUAAAUUAUCAAGAGGGCCACAGCUCCGUCCUUGAGUCUCACGGCAGAUCCGUGGGACUUGGCAACUAUAAAAGCCUUAUACAACCUUGUAUUACGUCUAAAGCCUGACCUGCUUUAUCGAAUCUACUUGGGUUGAAAUCCUCAGGAUUUUUCCAAUACUUCUCAUUAUGGUGCAAGCUUGCUAGGGAUAUCAUCAUACAGGUAUUAGCAGGUAUGGUAUACUGCCCCAGUUUGCACUCUUUUGCUGCCAACCGCCCAAAUCCUGCUCCAACUGGGUAUAACCGCAUGCAUUCAUUGAUACAGUUGCUCAAAUAGGCAAGCUCACUAAUAUCAGACAUAGUGAUAUCUUGCUUAUUCCCCAAAACCUUUCUUACUUCUUCCUUGGCCUUCUCUUGUACUUCUGGAUGCUUUGCAAAAAGGAAAACCAUCCAUGUCAAAGUAGUACUUGUGGUCUCGUGUCCGCCAAUCAUGAAAGUAAAAACAUGAUGCAGAAGGUCUCUGCUAGUAAAAGAGCUGCAACCCGAGUUUGAUAACUCGAUCAUCUUGUCAAGUAAGUUCUUUUUCAUCGGAGCAUCAGAGCUGUUAGGGUUUACUUCUGACUUCUUUUGCUCUAUAAUCUAAAAAUGACAUUUUUCAUGUAUAGCAAAACUGAUCAAACUGUCAUAAAUAUAUUAUAGGAGAGUGUUGAAUUUGAUUUUGCUUUAUAUUGCAAUGAGUACCUAAAUACAAAUAUUCUAUAGUGGCAUGCACGCACUCCAAAACAAUUAUUAAUGUGGCAAACCAUGUAGCAAAUCACACUGCAUCGAAGUAUUUUACCGGAUUAGGAUUUUUAGAACCCGGCCGGAACCGGAAUUAUCGGAUUUUUCAUAGAAAACGGCCGGAUAGUUGGACAAAAACUAUACUUCAUUUUAUUGCUGUAGCUGCUCUUCCAAGUUGAGGGUGAAGUUGAGUUGCAACUAAAGGUCGUGCCGUUCUACAAAAUAAAGCAACGCAAACACAUGAAACUACCGAAAUGGCAUUUUGAUAAUGCUUACCCUUUCUAAAACAUUCCAACAAACUUUCUCUGCUUUAUCUUCUUCGUCACGCUCCUUUGAAGGAAUCAAUUUUAGAAAAGGUAUCAACGUUUCCAGCGACUUCCUAACAACAUUGAAGUUGCCACACAUUAUCUUGUUGAAUGAUGAACUCUCUUCAGAAUGUCCAUUUGAAACGCAAUCAAAGUCAUAUCCAAAGGCCGCCAGGCUAAUGAUAUCAAGAGUCAAAUGUAUAAACUUUUCCAUUAUUUCUGUUUCAAAUGGUAGAUUUUUAUUUUGAGCCAGUUUUUGUGACCAGAACUGCACAAAAAGAAAAAAAAACCACAGAAGAUAAGAUAGAAGAGUAAAUUCUUAACUAUUCAAACAACGAACGGAUAAUUCUGUUUAAAGGCAAUGGCCACAUACAAUUUUUUAAAUUUCUCUCGCUGUCUAUUUAAACUUUUUAAAAUUGGAUUUGAUCUACAAUUAUUUGCGUGUCUAUCGUUUAUUUACCAAAUUUUCAUUGCAAGGUUCAAAGUAUCCGAUAGGCAGACUUUAUCCAGAGUCCCUUUCUUCCAACAUUCAAUAGCUACAAGCCAUGAAAAGGAAGAAGUAUGUGGCCACAGGGCUUUUGCUAGGUGAGUGCCAAACGCAAGGGUAUAUAGCUAGGGGGACUCUUGGGGCAGAGCCCAUCUUGUAAGUGUAGAAAAGUAGCCAAUUUAUACUUUUGUUAUUGUUUUUAAAAACAUUUUGCGCAAGAGCCCCCUGGCCAAUAAAAUCAGAUUUGACAGAGUCGUCGGAUCGAAAUUCAUAUGGGGGGGGGAGCUGCCCUUAAAGUACACAAUUUAAAAAAAAGUACAGUUUAACAGUUAUUAGGGGGCUCCAGCACCCUUCCUCAACCCUAGCCCCCCACUUCGACGGCCUUAUUGGAUCAUCUCAAAAAAGAACUGUAAACUAUUCAGUCACUGUCCUUUGUCUAACUUCACAACAUAACUAAAUGUAAAAAUGAAACAAUGCUUAAGUAAUGCUUCAUUGAAACAUGAAUAUUACGUACUUCAGCGAGCUCCUUGGUCUUUUUCACGAAUAUUGGUAAAUACUCUUGGACAUUUACUGUCGAGAAAUAUGGGUUCAAACUCUUACGCUGCAUUGCAUGUUCUUUUCCAAGGCUUGUGAACACACCGUUUCCAAACAAUGGACACAUCUUUUUCGCAUAUGGGCUCCUUGUGAAGCCUGUUGGCUCAUUAACAAGGACUUUUUUAAUCAGCACAGGAUCAGAGAUAUAAACAACAGUGCCACCUGAAAUGCAAUAACUAUAUGCAAGCAGGGUUUAUUUAAGAAUCUUUUAUCACUGCACAUUUUUUUAAGAAAAUGGAAAUGAAAAUUGACAUGACCAUACCUAUCAAACUAACUGUAGUGUACGACGUUAGUGUUCAAUAUGAAAUCUUCGAAUUACACUACUUCUCACCCAAAAUUUUACCAAAGAUCUUCAUGAGGAAAAAGUAUCAGUAGUUGCUCAUGGAGCAUGAAAAUACAAUAGGCCUAAUGAACCAGCGCGAUAACAGCCCAUCUAGCUAGCGAUGGAAUGGAGCAAAAGGGAGUAUUGUAUUAGGCGAAAGCAAAGUUCAUGACGAGGAAUGUUUAGACCUAAUACAACCUGGAAAAAAGCGUUUAUUUCAACAUGUUUUGAGCCAGAGUUAGAAAGCUGCCCCAUAACAAACUGUCUGCUCCGGUGAUUUGAUUUGGUCUAGCCACACAGAAACGAUUAUGAUCAUGCUUAGAGCUCACAGUGGGCGAAAAGUGAGCUGGUGUAGUAGUGCCUCCCGUCAGUCAUCCCUGUACAACGCUUGCUUGCUGUACCUCAUAUCUGUCACCGCUUUAUAUUGCUUUUAUUCUAAGAUAGUUGUUUUAGCGAAAACUCGAUACCAGUCUCGUCUGUUUAUAGUAUCUUACACUGGCUUCAUGAAUGAACUUUCUCUAUAGACAAUUCCCCAAUUCCCUAAUAGGCCCAAUGCCUUUCCCAGUAGCGCGAGCCAAAAUCAAAGAAUUUCCCCAGUAGUUUGGGGCCCUGGCCAUUUCCACUGACUUCCGUUGUCUCUUUUAAACGACAUUGGAAGUGUUAUUAGGUCUGUUGAUACAGAGAGUGGGCCUAAAAAACACAACGAAGCAGAAGCAGUAAGAAACACAGUGAACAUACACAGUAGCAACGGGGCGCGUAACUACAACUACCAGAAUGCAUUGCGUGUGGAAACACCUGUGACAUAAUAAUGGGAUCAAACUUUUAACGGCAAUAGCAAUAAAACGAGACGCGGUAUAGCAAUUCCGAAAAAAAGAAUUGAAUCCAGAUUGGUAAAGUGGAUCUUUUAAAUUGAAGCUAUUUUUGCCCUUAGAAGCACUUUAGAACGUUGCAAGACAAAUUACAAAUCAUAGAAAUUGUUGGUCUGGCAAAGUCUCUUCUCAGGUGGCAAUGCCUCUGGACUACUGGAAAAUUUGGACACUCCAAUGCGCUGGCUGACACUUGGAGGGGCGAGGGGGCGGUCGUCCUCCCCAUCUCGCCGAAAACUGCUAUGAUAAAUGAUUAAGGGCGAAGGUGAAAAAUCUGGUUGGGAUAAUCCGAUUAACCUUGUAUCAUACACGUCGAGGAGUUUUCGCCUAGGAUCAGGCAUCUAGCAAAACAUGGUAACUCUCCGGAUUCUUCAUUUCCGUGUCCGCAUCCGUCUGAUAUGGGGCCUAUGGUAUUAAUCAGGCCUAUUAUUGUGGGUUGAAUUUGAUAAAUAUCAACGCAAAGCGCUCGCUAA